ACAAGGAGACUUCCAAAGUCCAGCCCCUCACUCUCCUGGAAGCCAGCCCAGAACCUCCACCCUCUGAUACCAUGGUCAACUCCUGUUGUGGCUCCAGCUGCUGUGGCUCCAGCUGCUGCCAGCCUUGCUGCCGCCCCACCUGCUGCCAGACCACCUGCUGCAGGACCACCUGCUGCCGGCCCACCUGCUGUGGCUCCAGCUGCUGCCGCCCCUCCUGCUGUGGCUCCAGCUGCUGUGGCUCUAACUGCUGUGGCUCCAGCUGCUGCAGGCCCAGCUGCUGCAUCUCUAGCUGCUGCCGCCCCACCUGCUGCCAGACCACCUGCUGCAGAACCACCUGCUGCCGCCCCAGCUGCUGUGGCUCCAGCUGCUGCCGGCCCUGCUGUGGGGGUUCCAGCUGCUGUGGCUCCAGCUGCUGCCAGACCACCUGCUGCCGCCCCACCUGCUGUGUGUCCAGCUGCUGCCGCCCCUGCUGUGGGGGCUCCAGCGGCUGUGGCUCGAAUUGCUGUGGCUCCAGCUGCUGCCAGCCUUGCUGCCGCCCCACCUGCUGCCAGACCACCUGCUGCCGGACCACCUGCUGCCGCCCCACCUGCUGUGUGUCCAGCUGCUGCCGCCCCAGCUGUUGCUAGACCCCCUGCCACCACCCAACCUGCUCUAGUGGCUCUUGCUGCUGCUGAGUGCCCUGACCUGCACCCUGCUGUUUUCAUCAGCCAAUCUCCUUCAUGUCGUCCAACUGGGAGCUGAAUCAUGUGAGGCCAACUGUAAAACCUCAGUUCCCAAUGAUUUUUCAACUGGUUGGCCUUGGAAUAUACCACCCCACCGCACAAUUCCCUCCCACCUCUUUCCUAUGAUGUCCGUCCCAAUUCAGUACAAAGGUUGUAUUUUCCCUGAUAUACGAUAACAUAUCAUCCUACCUGAUGUAUCUGUUACUGCCAAAUGUUCUGUAUGGAGAUGUUUCUAUAUACCAAAUAAAUCUUAACUUUCCAGGCAUUAAAUAUAAAGA